AUGCAGCAGGAUGAGGUCGCCUGGAACAUCAUCAGCAAACAGUUCUGCUCGUUCCAGGUAAAGACACAGACGCAAAACUUUUGUCGAAAUGAGUACAACCUGAGCGGGUUUUGUUCGCGGCGGUCCUGUCCGAUCGCUAACAGUCAGUACGCAACAGUGCGGGAGGAGAAAGGAAUCAUCUAUCUCUUCAUGAAGACGGCCGAACGGAAUGCGUUUCCGUCCAACCACUGGGAAAAAGUGAAGCUGUCCCGCAACUUCGACAAGGCGGUGUACCAGAUCAAGGAGAAUCUGCUGUACUGGGACCGUUGGGUGCAGAACAAAUGCAAGCAGCGGUUCGUGAAGAUCACCCAGUACCUGUUACGGAUGCGAAAAUUGAAGCUGCGCCGACAGAAGAUGCUGGUACCGUUGGCGACGAAGGUCGAGCGGCGGGAACGGCGUCGGGAGGAGAAAGCCCUGGUUGCAGCCCGUAUCGACAAUGCUAUCCAGAAGGAACUGAUGGAGCGGUUAAAGAUGGGCAUGUACGAGGACAUCUAUAACUUCCCGCAAACGGCGUUCGAUCGUGCACUGGAUGCGGAAGAGGUCGACGAAGCGGAAGAGAUGGACGAAAUGGAGCGCGAAUUGGAGGAUGAAGAGAAAUGUCGGGAGCAGGAGAAGGUGUGGCACGUGAGCGAAGAUUUACGGCGCGAACUGGAGAUGGUGGACGGGUUUAUCGAGGCCAAUACGGAAGAGGAUCUAGAUUCGGAUGCGGAGAGCGAGUCGGGCGCGAAGGAACGCGUCGAGUUGGACACUGACUUUGUAUUGGACAUGGAGGACUAUGUGCCGAACGUGUCCCUGCGGCCACCGAAAUCUGACAACGAGGAAAUUGCACCUGUGAAACCUGUAGAUGCACGGUCGACGAAGAAGAAAUCGCGGAAGAUCCACAAACCCAGGGUCGAGUUUGAGUAUGAAGUGGAAGCUGAAGCACCGGUGGGGCGCUCCGUACAUCAGUGA